GCUCCCUGCCAUGGCGUUCCUUGUCGAGCUCGUGGCCUGCCCUGGUAUAAAGGGUGAUCGCACCCUGCAGCUCAUCCCAAGGUACCUGCAGAGUGAGUGCAGAGCGAUGCGUCGCGUGGUGCUUAGAGCCCUCGUCGUGAAGUCCAGAAGACCCUUGAUGGCCAAAGGAAUGCGGUUCCUGCUGCCAAGGCUCAUAGAGCUACUGCCGGAUGCAGAUGGGGAGGUGCUCGGGAUGACCCUGUCUGUGGUCAUAAAGGUGGUCCAGAGCAUGGACGUGCCAAUUGCCAGCCCCAUCUCUCUGCAGCUGGCUGAGGCACUCUGGCCACUCUUUGACAACGAGUCCAGCUACGUGCAACUGCUCUCCAUUCGCCUCUUCCCAGAUGCGAUGGGGUUUGUAGCAGAAGCAGGAAAAAAGCCACUGGAGGCACAUGUGCAGCAGAGCUUGCUCCCACUGCUCUACCACUUGCACGAUGAGAACCAGCGCGUGGCAGAGGCCUGUCAGGAAACCAUGCUUCAAGCUGCCACAUUCCUGAAGAAGAGGAAGCUCAGACGGCUGCUGAAGAAGCAGCGGACAUGGGCGGUCGGCGAGUGCCUGUUGACGGAGCCCAGCAGCAGAGCAGAUGAGUACCUGCUGCAGUCCCUGCUGUAUUUGCAGAGCCCACAGGAGUCCAUACGAGAGGCGGCCGUCAGGUUUAUUGCUCAGCCCCAGCCGCAGCUGCUGCGCCGGCAGCAGGAAUCGGCCCUGUGGCUGUGGAACACCGACUACACGAUGUGGAGCCCGCGGGUCUUCCUGCCACCCUCUCCCUCCCCUGCCCUUGGAACGCCCCGCGCUCAGCCCUGCCAAGGGCAGGAAAGCGUGCAGCGGGGCUGUCGUGGGGAAGCUGCGCUGCUGGGGUAG